GUGGGUUUCUUGCGUGGGGUAUGCGUGUCUGUGUGCGCGCUGACUGAGUGUGUGGUCUGAUCGGAGGCAUUGCUGUAUGUCAGCAGAGUACUACUCCGAUAAGUACUGCGGUGGAUAUGUUGAGGUAGCGAACCCGUUGCAAUGGCCACAACUCAGGAAAAGGCGGCGCCUUGCUGCGUCGGGAGAGCCAAGCCGCCGCCGCCGCCGCCCCCACCGGCGGCGGAGACCGUGCUCGGGAAGGCCGACGAGGAGGUGCUGGUCCACGACUGGGCCGUGCCCGCGGGCAAUCUGGCCGAGGAUCUGACCGGCAAGAGAGCUGCCCCCGUCGGUGCUGCUGUCUUGGUCCGUCCCGUGGAGCCUCUCCCCGAUUCGCCUGCAAAAGCUCCGGCCAACAAAGUGCUUGUGACAAUAUGGCAUCCCCGUUGAGAUGAUCAAUCUAGCAUCACCCAUCGAGCAAGCUCUGGCUUCCGCGUCCCAAAUGUUUGAACUAUUCUAGUCCACGUCUUCGAUUUUUGUUCUCUUUUGUUUUACUUAGGAAUGAGUUUCCUGAUUCCUAGAUCCUGAGUUUUUCUUGUUUAGGUAAUUCGUUUUCCAGGUUUUUAUCUUUGGAACACAAGAAGUCAACCAUCGCGGGUGACCAAGGGUGUUCAUUUUCUGUUCUGUCUGAUCUAUCCUAUUGCUCAAUAUAUAUAAUGGGCCCCUACGUCGUCGCCUCCCUCUCCGGCGACAAGCGCAACAAGAAGAAGCAGCGCACCCCCCCCAUUGGGGCCACGCCCUUGCAGCCAUCACCGUCGACUUGGCCGCGGCCCGCGCUGGCUGCCUCACCCUCAAGCUCAAGAUCAAGGCCGAGCGGACCCUCGGAGGCAACAAGGACGUCGGCAGGGCCAUCGUGCCAGUCGGGGAGCUGCUCGAGCAGGGCGGCGACGGGAAGCCCAAGGCAAUGAGCUACGCUGUGAGGCUGCCGUCCGGGAAGACCAGGGGCGUCCUGGAGUUCUCCUACAAGUUCGGUGAGCCAUUCACCAUGGCGGCACCCCCGCCGGUCAUGGUGUACCUGGCCGCGGCAGCGCCGCCCGCCUCGGGCUCGGCCGCUGCAUACGCGCCGCCGAUGCAUGGGGUGGCGCCAUACCCUC